AUGUACGUGCUAUCGCCUCUGCUGGCGGCGCUGAGCUUCUUGCCGGUCGGCCCAGCUGCAGCACCGGCUCUGCAGAGCCGGCCGCAGCCGUUUGGCGUCGCGGCGGCAGCGGCGGCGGCCUCGCCGUGCAGCAGGAGGAGAGCGAGGCAGCCGCGUGCGGCGGCAGCGGCGGCGGACGACGGCGACUAUUACGACCCUUCCAAAAUCCGCAACUUUUGCAUCAUCGCGCACAUCGACCACGGAAAGUCGACGCUCGCGGACCGGCUGCUCGAGACGACGCGCAGCGUGGCGGCGCGGGAGAUGAAGGCGCAGCUGCUCGACAGCAUGGACAUCGAGCGAGAGCGCGGCAUCACGAUCAAGCUGCAGGCGGCGAGGAUGGACUACUUCGCGUCGGACGGGGAGCGGUACAUCCUCAACCUCAUCGACACGCCCGGCCACGUCGACUUUGCGUACGAAGUCUCGCGAUCGCUGCAGGCACAUGGGGAGAUAUGGGGAGAUGCGUGCGAAGGCGCUCUGCUGGUGGUGGACGCGUCGCAGGGCGUCGAGGCGCAGACGAUCGCGAAUCACGCUUCACGCAUCAACCGCCAAGUUUACCGUCGCGUUUUGGGCCAGGACCUCGAGAUUCUGCCGGUGCUCAACAAGAUCGACCUUCCCGGCGCGGACGCUGACAAGGUGGCUGGCGAGGUGGAGGACGUCAUCGGGCUCGACUGCUCCGAGGCGAUCGCCGCGUCAGCAAAGCAGGGCAUCGGCAUCGAGGUCAGCCCUUGGAGCGGCCAAGCGGUUAGAGGCGGGCAGGCAAGGAGCAUGACAAGUGCCCCCCCCCUUCCCCCAUCCCUCAGGCCAUCCUCGAGGAGGCGCCACCUGCCGCUGCGCGCGCUCGUCUUCGACUCGUACUACGACGCGUACCGCGGUGUUAUUGUCUUUAUCCGAGUGGUCGACGGCAAGACACUAGGCGAGCUGCGCAAGGGGGACAGGAUCCAGAUCCAGUUCUCCGCGUCCGGGGCAAAGUACGAGGCGCUCGAGGUCGGCGUGCUCACUCCGGGCGUGGGGGCGGGGCAGCAGUCGAGGCCGGUGUUGCGGGCGGGGGAGGUGGGGUAUGUCCACGGGGCAAUCAAGUCGGUGGACGACGCGCGGGUCGGCGACACAAUCACAAUCUCCGCGUACAAGGACGGCUCCGCCCCGCCGCCGACAGAGGCGCUGCCCGGCUACCGCGAGCCGGUUCCGAUGGUGUACUGCGGCCUCUUUCCGACGGAGACGACCCAGUACCAGCUGCUGCGCGACUCGCUCGAGAAGCUCAAGCUGAACGACGCCGCCCUGGUCUGGGAGCCGGAGACGUCCUCCGCGAUGGGGUUUGGCUUCCGCGCGUGCUGCCAUGGAGAUCAUUGGCAGGAGCGGCUGGAGAGGGAGUACGACCUCGACCUCAUCGUGACCGCGCCGUCGGUGGUGUACGAGGUCGAGCUCAACGACGGGACGGUCGAGCGGGUGGACUCACCCGCCAAGCUCUGCGAUGCAGACAAGAGGAGCUGCAUCUCCGAGCCCUACGUCAAGAUGGAGCUGUUUGCGCCCAAGGAGUACUCUGGCACGCUGAUGGAGCUGGCGCAGCAGCGGCGCGGCGAGCGCGGCGAGUACCGCGACAUGAAGUUCAUCGGCCCCGAGAGGGUGGCGAUCACGUACGACCUCCCGCUCGCCGAGGUCAUCACCGACUUCUUCGACCAGAUGAAGUCCCGCUCCAAGGGGUACGCCUCGAUGGAGUACCAGAUCACCGAGAACCGCCCAAACGACCUGGUGCGGCUCGACAUCCUGAUUGCUCAGGAGCCGGCGCCGCCCCUCUCGACGAUCGUGCACCGAGACGCCGCGCACAGCAUUGGCAAGAAGCUGACUCGCACGCUCAAGGACCUGAUCCCGAGGCAGCAGUUCAAGGUGGCGCUGCAGGCCGCCAUCGGGCAGAAGAUCGUCGCGUCGUCGGCAAUCUCCGCGAUGCGCAAGGACGUGCUCGCAAAGUGCUACGGCGGCGACAUCUCGCGCAAGAAGAAGCUGCUCAACAAGCAGGCCAAGGGCAAGAAGCGGAUGAAGGCGAUUGGAAAGGUCAACGUGCCGCAGGAGGCAUUCAUGGCGGUGCUGAGUCUGAAGGACGACUAGCGGCUGUGUGUCCUCUCUCUGCUGAGUCCUGUAGUCGUGUGUGUAGUCCCGCUCGGUCAAGAUUACGUUAUUUCGUUCGAUGAACACCGUGUCUUCUGG